UUUUUAAAUAAACAACCGUUUAGUUUUAAAUAAUGUUUUAUGAGUUAAUUAAAACGAUAUCUUUAACAAAUUAAUUGAUUCUCAUUCCUAUAUAUUUACACGUUUAAUCAUGUCUGUAAUUAUAUUGAUAAAGGCAUCAACGUUUUGAUCAUCUGCACCAUAUUUACUUUAUGAGGAAUUUUAGAAGUCAAUUUAUGUAAUUGAAGACAAAAACAUUAUGAAUAAAGUUAGCAAAUAUAUUCAGUACCUGAAAAAAAUUUAUUUAUUAUCAAGAAAUUUACAUAUACAGCAUAAUGUAGUACAAAGACAUGCAUUUUCAACAAGGAUUUCAACUUCAAUUUAUUUUCAAUCAUAUCUUAAAACAAUACGACAUGCAUCAAGCAUUGGUCAAAGUGGUUAUUCUAAUAUUCUUGCUACUAAUGAUGUUUUAUUAACAAGUAUUAUGAAUGCAAAUAAAACAAGUGAUAUAUUGGAAAUGUUACGGCUUCAUAACUCUGUGAUGACUACACCACAACAUUUGCAAGCAUUACUUUCUUUAUUUACCUUACACAAAAAUAAAAGUAAUGAACUAUCAAAAGAAGAACUAAUACGAAGUCCAGAAUUUACAGCAUUGUGUCAUAAACUUCAAAGUCGUUCAAGAAAUCUUGAACUAAAAGACGUCAUUAAUUGUGUGAAAUGUUUAUCAUAUUUGGGUGUAUCAGUGAACAGUAACAUAAUGCAAAUUAUGUUACAGUUAAUAAGUAAAAUGAUAAAUGAUAUGUCAUUACAUCAAAUUACUUUUCUUCAUUUUUUACUAAAAGAUUUAUCAUCUUGUCCUUUGGUUGAUGCUUUAAAACUUGCAUUGCCAAUAGUUUUUGAGACACAAGUAAAAUAUAAACUAGAAGACAAUGUGUAUUGGCAAAUAGAAUUCCUAAACUAUAUAACUAAACAAAGAUUAUCUCAAGAAACGUAUGACUUUGUUAUGUCAAAAAUUAUAAGAAAUAUUGAUUUACUCAAUUAUAAAAUGAUCAAAACUUUAUUAUUAUGUUUGUACUACAAAGAUUAUUCAACCGAGAAAUAUAUUAAUGUAGUUAAUAAAUGUUUAGACAUUUAUUUAGAUCAUAUAGAAUUAGUAGGUAAUAUUUCAGAUAUUGAAGCUCUUUUGACUAGAAUGAUAAAUAAAUAUUUAUAUGAUUCUAAAGAAUUUUAUAAUGAACAAUUUAUAAAUAAAAUCAUUGCAUACCUAAUGAAAAAAAAAAUGAAAUUUGAAGAAAUAGGAUUUGUAAUAAAGAAAUUGAAUAAAAUUGGAUAUGUUAAUCGUGAAUUACUUGAUUACAUGACUGCUCAACUAAUCAAUGAUCAUUCAAUUUUGAAGCGAAGUAGAUUUAGUAAUUUACUAUCAUAUAUUGCAGGGUGUGCCAAUGCAAAUCAUAUUCCACAUGGUUUCAUUGAAUUAAAACCUUAUAUUUUAGAAAGACUUAACAUUCAAAAGGAUGUUAUAGAAUUACCAUGGCUAUUAGUGGCGUUUGAUUUAGCUGUUUUGGAUUGUUGGUCAGAAGAACUAUUAGAAAGAGUUUUUUCAAGAAACUUUCUGUAUGGAUUUCUUAAACGGAGUGAUAAUGUACUUGAUUACAUUAUGUUGCUUAAACUGUACCAGGCUACUGUGACUCUAUACCCUGGAGGUUACAAAGGAAAUUUGCCACCAACAGAUAUUUUAGAAAAAGCUAUUAAUUUGAAUCAGCAGAAUUUAGACAACUUUCCACUAAAAGCUGCCUUAGAGCACGGUUUGGGUGGAGAGGAUUAUGUGCUUACAGGCGUAAAAAGCAAGUUAGGACAUUUUAUUGAUCAUUUAGUGGUAAUGAGACCUGGUGGAUAUUCUGUUGCUAUUAAAAAGGAAAUAAAAACUGACAAAUCAAAUGUAUUUUUGGAAAACAUUGAGUUUAAUGAUAAUUUAGUAAUUGGCAUAUUUAUUUACAAACCAAAUAAUUAUGUUAUCAAUUUAAAUUGUUUAAGAGGACCUUAUAUAUUGACAAACAAAACAAUUGAAGCUUUGGGUAUAGUAGUAUUACCUAUAUCCAUGGAUGUCUGGAAUGGACUUAUUGAUUAUGAAAAGAUACCUUAUAUAAUGAGAGAAUUGCAAUCUAAAAGUAGUAUUAAUUUAAUAGAAAAAAAUUUGGUACAUUAAACCUUAACUGUUGUAUUUAGUUCUACAUUAGUAUAUUUAAAAUAAAUGUUGUCUUGUGUGUAUA